AUGGUCGCCACGACAGUGACUAGACGUCCACGCUCACCGAGUCCUGUAAGGGAUGAGGAAGCGGGAUUGCCAGAAGAUUACAAGCCUUAUGUUCCAGUGGCAAAGCGACGUGCUCAGAUGUUAUCCCAAUUAGGAUCAAAGAGGGAGACGAAGAAAGUUAAGACCGCUGAAGAGUUGGAAAAAGAGAUGGAAGAGGAGCUGAAGGAACAGGCUGAAGAUGAAGAGAGAGCCAGGGAAAAGGCCAGAAGGGAAAGAACAUUGUUACAAGCUGCCCAGGAAGUAAAGGAGCAAAGAGCUUUACAAGAUGCCCAGAAAUCCGUGGCGGAUAAAGAGGCAGAAAAGGAAGCUGAGCUGUUAGCCGAGAUGGAGAGAGCACAAAAGAAAUUGGCGAGUGCACAAGAUUUAGCUCAAGGAACUGUGUACACAGAGAGUCUGCGGACAACGUGGAGACCCCCUCAUUACAUACGAGAUAUGUCACAGGAGGAACAUCAAGUUGUCAGAGAUAAGCAUCAUAUUUUGACUGAAGGAGAAGGCAUACCGCCUCCAAUCCCUCAUUUUGCAGAUAUGAAAGUGCCUAAACCUAUUCUGGAAUACCUGAAAAGUAAAGGCAUCAAAAAGCCCACCCCGAUUCAAAUUCAAGGUAUACCUACAGCGUUCUCAGGUAGAGAUAUGAUUGGAAUCGCUUUUACUGGAUCAGGAAAAACAUUGGCAUUCACUUUACCUGCUAUAAUGCAAUCGUUAGAAAUGGAAGCCAAGUUACCGUUCGUAAGAGGUGAAGGUCCAGUUGGAUUGAUCAUUUGUCCUUCAAGAGAAUUGGCUAGACAAACAUAUGAUGGCUGUUUGGCCAUGUGUACCGCCCUGAAAGAAAGCGGUGGUUACCCAGAGUUACGAUCACUAUUGUGUAUAGGUGGAAUCAAUAUGGCAGAUCAAGCAGAUGUGUUGAACAGAGGUGUGCAUAUAGUAGUGGCCACUCCUGGAAGAUUGAUAGAUAUGCUUGAUAAGGGUAAACUGAAUGCAAAUAAUUGCAAAUACCUUUGUAUGGACGAAGCGGAUCGAAUGAUAGACAUGGGUUUCGAAGAGGAUGUUAGGAGUAUAAUGUCACAUUUCAAGUAUCAACGUCAAACACUAUUGUUCUCAGCCACAAUGCCGCGAAAAAUCCAAGAUUUCGCUCAACAAUCGCUAAUCAAUCCAAUCUUGGUGAAUGUAGGAAGAGCGGGAGCGGCAAAUAUGGAUGUUAUACAAGAAGUUGAAUAUGUCAAACAAGAAGCCAAAAUGGUCUAUCUACUGGAAUGUUUACAAAAGACUCCUCCACCAGUGAUCAUUUUCAGUGACAAUAAGAACGAGGUUGAUGAUAUUCAAGAGUAUCUCUUGUUGAAAGGUGUAGAAGCGGUUGCCAUUCACGGUAGUAAAACUCAAGAAGAACGUGAAUAUGCCAUUCGAUCAUUCAAGACAGGUGCCAAAGACGUCAUGGUCGCUUCUGGAGUCGCAUCCAAAGGUCUAGAUUUUAACGAAAUCCAACAUGUCAUUGUUUAUUCAAUGCCAAAAGAAAUUGAAGAUUACGUACAUGAAAUCGGUCGUACUGGACGAAGUGGUAAAACAGGUAUUGCAACCACUUUUGUCAAUAUGAAUACGUCCGAACAAACUUUACUGGAUUUGAAAUAUUUGUUAAUGGAAGCUAAACAAAAAAUACCUGAAUUCCUACUAUCGAUCGAUGAUCCACGUGCUGCCCAAGGUGGUGCUCUUAAAGGUUGUCCUAUAUGUGGUGGUUUAGGACAUGGUCUAUCAGAUUGUCCUAAAUUACAAGAAGAACAAAGGAGAAAGCAAGCUGCGACUACGAGGUACGAUGGUGGGGGAUAUUAG